UUACGCCUUCUCGUCUAGAAGAAACAUUCUUGGUUUUCUUGUUGCGAUCUGAUUAAUGUUUUUGUUUCUGAAUCAUAAGAUCAUCAUCUUAUGUUUCUGGGUUAUUUAUUUCGUUAGCUGCUUUGUGUUUCUUGUAUUUUUAGUCUCCCUGUUGCGGUUUCUAUUUUUUUUCACCAAUUGAAUUUAUUGAAGGUGAGAUACUUUAUUAGGGGUGGAGAGUUGGAGAAAUUAAGGUUGUGGAUUGGAGAAACUAAGGGGGUUUGGUUUUUUCCUUUCCGAAGGUUUGUGUUGAGUGAGUUCUUAGGGUAGCCUCAAGUUUGUUGGGUCUUAAUUUGAUUAAUUGAUAUGUACGUAGAUGUACAUAAGGAUGAGUUUUGAAUGUAGGUUUCUAUAUGAUUCUGUCUUUGGAACCUUAUGAUUCUAUAAUUAUACGAUCAAAUCUCGUGUCUUAUGUUACUAGCUUCAAUGGGAUGGUUCCAUAUGCACAAAUGAUAGGAUCGUCCACUUAAAGCACGCCACUUUUGACCUCGAGCCAUUCAAAUCAUGACGUAUCGAUACCCGAGAUGGUAAGAGAGAAAUAAAGCGUGCAGACCUAAGCUCUUUCUUCGUUGAUCGCACUUAGAUCUUGGUUACAAAGUUCUCGUCCAACAAAAUUACAUGGUUGAUAUCGACUCCCAGAUUCCAACUGCUUUUGAUCCAUUUGCCGAGGCCAAGGACUCAGGCGCGCCUGGAGCCAAGGAGUAUGUACAUAUUCGCAUACAACAAAGGAAUGGAAAGAAAAGCUUGACGACUGUUCAGGGGCUGAGGAAGGAAUUCAACUACGAUAAGAUCCUUAAAGAUCUCAAAAAGGAGUUCUGCUGCAACGGAAAUGUUGUACAAGACAAAGAGCUUGGUAAGGUGAUUCAGCUCCAAGGUGAUCAGCGUAAGAAUGUUUCUCAAUUCCUCAUUAAUGCCAACAUUGUGAAGAAGGAUCAAAUCAAGAUUCAUGGUUUCUAAGGAUUAAGAAAUCGAGGUUUUUAAUAGCUAAAGAUAUGUCAUUUUAAUAUCGGAGUGAAGUAUUUGGAGAAGCCUAUUAUACUUGUGUGUGAUCCUCUAAGAAAUUGUUUGUUUCGCAGUUUUUUCUGAUUCUGUUAGAACCCUUUUGAUCAUGUCAUGGGGUAUCUACUGAAUUGUAAUUGCAUAUCCUCUUUUAAUAAUAAAGUUCAUAUCCAUUUAGCAGGAAA